AUGGAUUUUCUUGAUCUACUUCUCCAGUACUUGCAACCGACUUCCGUUGCACUUGUUGUGAUUGCACUGGUUUGGAACUAUGGAAGAAGAAACCCCACCAAGAAACUAGCACCAGAAGCCUCAGGGGGAAGGCCUAUAAUGGGUCAUCUCCAUCUUUUCAACGACGGUGAGUUAACUCAUCGGAAACUCGGUGUCGUGGCGGAUACUUACGGUCCUGUUUUCAAUAUCCGAUUCGGUACCCAUAAAACGCUAGUUGUUAGUGAUUGGGAAAUCGUUAAAGAAUGUUUUACGACGAAUGAUAAGCUCUUCUCGAAUCGCCCGGGUACGUUAGGUAUUAAACUCAUGUUUUACGACGCCGAUUCGGUGGGUUAUGCGCCUUAUGGUGCUUACUGGAGAGAUUUGCGAAAGAUUUCCACGUUAAAACUUCUUUCGAAUCAUCGUAUCGAUACGAUAAAACACCUCAGGAGCUCUGAAGUUGAGUCGUGUUUCGAGUCGCUUUAUAAUCAGUGGAAAAACGGAGAAAAGUGUGGCGAAUUCGGUCCGGUGAGAAUGGAUAGUUGGUUAGGCGAUUUGACGUUUAACGUCGUGGCGAGAAUCGUUGCCGGGAAAAAGAAUUUCUCGGCGAACCGUGACGUUGGAGCUCAGAGAUAUAAAGCAGCAAUGGAUGAAGCUAUGAGAUUAAUGAGAUUUUUCGCAUUUUCCGAUGUAAUUCCGUCCCUAAGCUAG